GUUUGUUGAUUGAAAUGUUAGAGCGCAAGAUUGUACCUAAUAUUUGUACCUUCAAUAUGGUAGUUUACAUGUUAAAAAUGAGUAUGUUGUGGAAGCCGAAGCCAGUCUAUGGUUUUUGUUUGAGAGAAGUGAAGCUAUGAGCAUCAUACUUUACAGUGCUAUAGUUGCUGGAUAUUGUUUACUUGGUCAGAUGGAAGAUACAGCAAAUCUACUUGACAUCAUGGCCUAUGUUGUUUGGUGCCUGAUGUUGCUGAGGAAUAGUUAGAAAAUUGAGGCGAGAAGCAUUCGUCCCUUGCAGAUUUAGAUGGGUCAAAUUCAAACAGCGUACAAGAAGAAGAUCAAGAGCAAGAAAAGGCCAAAAUUUGAUUCAAAAGAGGAAUACUUUAUCAAGAAUGGAGGUAUUUUGUUGGAAAAACAAAUUGCUCUUAGCCAAGGGCAACAUAAAGGAGCAGGGCAGCUUAAAAUUUUCUCAAGGGAAGAUAUGGAGAAGGCUACAAACAAUUAUGACCCUGCUCUCAUUGUUGGUAGUAGUUCUUAUGGAACUAUCUAUAAAGCUAUCCUUGAAGACCGUAUUGUAGCUGUCAAAGUCCCGCCACUGGUCGAUCCAAAUUCCAAACUAGUUGAUCUCUACUUAACUGAAGUCUCGACAUUAAUGGUCAUGAAUAAUGACAAUAUGGUAAAACUCUAUGGUUGUUGCCUCGAAACAUUUAUACCAAUGUUAGUGUAUGGAUACAUGUCAAAUGGAGGCCUCUUUCAACUUCUACAUGGCGAUGUUCCAUCUAGCUUGAGGAUUAAGUGGGCAGAUCGUUUGAGAGUUGCUACUGACGCAGCCUACGCAUUGUCCUAUAUGCAUAAUGCCUUAUUAAAGCCUGUGGUGCAUAGGAAUGUAACGUCAGUCAAUAUAGUACUGGAUCAUUCAUUACAUGGAAAACUAUCAAACUUUUUCUAUUCAGUGUCCAUUACCCCAAGAGAGACACAGAAAUGGCCUGUUGAAGGAACUCCAGGAUAUAUUGAUCCCGAAUACAUAGAAACUCAAAAGGUGACUGAUAAGUGUGAUGUGUAUAGCUUUGGAGUUUUGAUGUUGGAACUAUUGACUAGAAAACAGCCUUCUAUGAUGUCCAGAGAUGGGGGGGACUUGGUUGAUGAGUUUGUGUCAGCUGUAGGAAAUAACUGCAUGAUUGAUAUGAUAGACAAUAAUAUAUUGGAUCGAGCAAGUAGGGAUGAGAUACAAAGGACUGUACAGCUUGCGUUGACUUGUGUGGCAAAGACAGGGGCUGAGAGACCGUCUAUGAUUGAUAUUGUUGGUGAGCUUUGGAGCAUACAAGGACGAAACAGUAAAUAAAGCAGAAACUGUGCUUGAAAUUUCAGGUUCAAGCUUUUGAUUAAAUGAAAUACAAGAUCAAGAACAAUCAGCAGAAGAUAUCAGUAGGCAAGUAAUUUGUAAGUUGUAAGUGAUUCUUUAUGCAUUCACAACAUUCAAUAACAAUAUGAACCAAACUACCGAAGUAAAUCAAACAAUAUCAAAACUUACAUUUUAAUCAUCUCAAAAUUACAAUGAAUGUUGUAUUUGUAAAUUAAAUUAUAAUUACAAUGAAUGUUGUACACAACCUUUUUGUGUGUAACUAACUAGAACUGACUACAAAAUUUUUUUAUCUACUGAUAGAAUCGAGAGUAAAACCUAAAAGCUAUCACCACAAGCACAGAACUUCCACAACCUUCUCCAACAUGCCUUUGCUGUUACCUGUUUACUAUUUUUGUGGCCUCUCCUCGUCAUCUGUCGUUGAGCAGAAACCGGAGACCUGCUUCUCGUAUGGUCACCAUUGCAACUCGGGACUUCAAACACUAAAUCAGAGUUUGCACACUUUUUAUUCUCCUCACAGAUAUCAUGAUUCUCCAAAAGUGCUGCAUCUGAAGGAAUGCAAUCACUAAAAGCAGGUACAAGUUCUGCAACCAAUCCAUUCAUAAGCUCGGUAACUAAUGCUGCAUCGUUAUCUGACAACUCGAACUUCUUCACCAUCUCUUCCAUAACAGUAUAAACUGUAUCGGUUUCAAGAGAAUACGAAAACUUUACAGUUUUCAGAUGCUGCGCAUCUUCAACAAACGAUAGAACCAUUAAUAUCGAAUCCUUCAUCAGCUUUCCUUGUAACAUGAAUUUUGUAUCUAAUGACUUCACUGAGUCCGCAGCACCAACACUACAUUCUGAUCUCAAACUCGAAUCCAAAGGCGACAAUACAGAUUCACUCGGUGCAAGAAACGAGUCAUUCAAAAGCUCGAUAGCAGAAGGUCUUUCAGAUACAGGAGCCAAACACUUGUCAAUAAACUCCUUCACCUGUAAAUCAGUCACUUUGUUAAGGGUUGAGAUAACCUUCUUAUAAAUCUGAGCGGAGUUAGUACAUUCACUGUAAGGUAAUUCCCUAGUGACCAUCUGAAGCAAACACAUUCCAAAGGAAUACACAUCCACUCUCUCAUCAUAUUCUUCCUCAAAAAGCUCUGGCGCCAUGAAUUGAGGUGUACCAGCACCACGCGGCAUUGCACUACCUUGUCGAACAAUCGUUGAAAGCCCAAGGUCUCCGAUUUUGACCUUGCCAGAGUUGCCAUUAAUGAAGAUGUUAUCACACUUAAGAUCUCUAUGAAUAAUUGGUGGUUCGUGGCAAUGAAGAUAAGACAACCCACUUAAAAUCUGUCGAGACCAAUUCUUGAUGGCCUUACUAUCAACAUGAUUAUGUUUCGUACGAUACUCACUCAUAUUUCCUGAUGAGAAAAGUUCAGUAAUCAUAUUAACCGUCUUCUUCUGGUAAUCAACCCAUGAAUGGUAACAUCUCAUAAUAUUAAUAUGUUUUAAUGAUUUCAACAAAACUGAUUCUGCACAUAAACUCUCGAGAUAGUUCUGCGAUUUGAACAAAUUAUCAGGUAACUGGAUUAUACUCCAAGCAAUCUCUAAACCGUUAAAUUCAUCGAAACCCCUGUAAACUGUUUUAAAUGCGCCUUCUCCGAUGAUUUCAUCGUACCUGACAUAACGUCUCGUCGGAUCUGUCUCCACAAUUACGAAUUCACCGUCGCAAUUCAAACCCAUGAUACGAGAGUGAAACAAUAAAUUAACGAACAAAACACAAUAAUAAUUGACAAUGGUUGCUUGAGCUUAACGUUAAUGUUAGAGAAUUAACGGUGGUUAUGGUGAAACCCAGGAAGCAUUGAGGGUUUGAUUUAUAGUUUGGGAUUACCGUUACACUCGUGUGUGUUUUUUUAGAAGUUAUAGUCGUGCGCUGCUAAGAAAGAGUA